UUCUCCGCUGAAAAUGCUCCACCACCACCACCCGUCACCGCUACACACCCUCGGGGGUCAUACUUUGAUGCACGAUUCUCAGCCGAAAACUCUCCACCACCACCACCACCACCACCCAUCACCGCUACACACCCGACGGCAAAGCAGAAUUUCCAAGUGAACUUGGUUUCAGUCUCUCCAUUCAAUGUCUCCGCUGAUGCAAUUGAGCGGUUGUGGAACAUAAGUUUUGACAUCCAAAACCCUAACAAAAAUGAUGGAAGGAUAUUCUACGAAGAAAUGGAGGCUUCGGUUUUCUACAAACAAGUUAACGUAUCAUCCACAGCUAUCCCACCUUUCUAUCAGUACGAGAAUGAUCGGAGGUCGCUAGAGGUGGGUGUGAUCUCACCAUCAAUCCUGUCCGUGACCAACCUCAAUAUUGCGAAUUUCACUAGGACCAUAGAUGGUUUUGUGAGGAUUAAUUGGAAUGGAAGAGGAGGAGAUAGGCAAAUGUUGAGGGUCACUUGUGAGGACGUGAAGGUGGGAUUUUCGGAUAAAACAACCGCAGAAACAAUGUUUGGUGAAUCUAAGGAAUGGAAGGUCCAUUGUAAGAUAGAUUUUUAGAAUUUAUUUCUUCCUUAGAAAGCUCAUUUAUUACCGAGCUUAAUUAAUUUUUAUGUUAACGAUUUCGUCAAAUUUAUGUUCUAUAAUGUUAAUCAGAGAAAUAUUGUUUUAUUCAAUUGGCAAAAAUUGAGUGUCACUUGUGAAGACACAACAACAACAGAACAAUGUUAGUCUAGUCCAGAAAA